GCGUAUGACUGCGGCACACAUUUUGUCCAAUCGCUAGCUACUUUUGCCGGUCGUCGUACAAAUCCACCAAUGAAAAUGACAAGAGCGCUUCAGAGGAGGCGGGACUUCCGGUUAAUCGUAUAAACCAACUGCGGCCUCUCCUCCAUGCGGUUUUGAUCUUUAGUGAACGCGCAGCUAACACAUACAAGACAGACACAAUGGCAGAGAAUGAUGUUGAUAGCGAGCUGCUCGACUACGAAGAAGAUGAAGAGCCCCAAGGAGCGCCCGAGAGCGCGGUCCCCGCCGGCAAGAAGGAGGUCAAGGGUUCCUACGUGUCCAUCCACAGCUCCGGCUUCAGAGACUUUCUGCUCAAACCGGAGCUGCUCCGGGCAAUCAUCGACUGCGGGUUUGAGCAUCCGUCUGAAGUCCAGCAUGAGUGCAUCCCACAAGCCAUCCUGGGCAUGGACAUCCUGUGCCAAGCCAAGUCUGGUAUGGGGAAGACGGCUGUGUUUGUGCUGGCCACGCUGCAGCAGAUUGAACCUGUCGAUGGACAGGUGUCCGUGUUGGUCAUGUGCCACACGCGAGAGCUGGCCUUCCAGAUCAGCAAAGAGUACGAGCGUUUCUCAAAGUACAUGUCCUCGGUGAAGGCGGCCGUGUUCUUCGGGGGCAUGGUCAUCAGGAAGGACGAGGAGGUCCUGAAGAAGAACUGUCCCCACAUCGUGGUGGGGACGCCCGGCCGCAUCCUCGCUCUCAUCCGCAACAAGACGCUCAAUCUGAAGAACGUCAAGCACUUUGUCCUGGAUGAGUGUGACAAAAUGUUGGAACAGCUAGACAUGCGGCGUGACGUGCAGGAGAUCUUCAAGAUCACGCCCCAUGAGAAGCAGGUCAUGAUGUUCAGCGCCACGCUGAGCAAAGAGAUCCGACCGGUCUGCCGCAAGUUCAUGCAGGACCCCAUGGAAGUGUUUGUGGACGACGAGACCAAGCUGACGCUCCACGGCCUGCAGCAGUACUACUGCAAGCUGAAGGACAGCGAGAAGAACCGCAAGCUCUUUGACCUGCUCGACGUGUUGGAGUUCAACCAGGUGGUGAUCUUUGUCAAGUCCGUGCAGCGCUGCAUCGCUCUGGCCCAGCUUCUGGUGGAACAAAACUUCCCUGCCAUCGCCAUCCACAGGGGAAUGGCUCAGGAGGAGAGGCUGUCUCGCUAUCAGCAGUUUAAGGACUUCCAGAGGCGGAUCCUGGUGGCCACUAACCUCUUUGGCCGAGGAAUGGACAUUGAGCGCGUCAAUAUCGUCUUCAACUACGACAUGCCAGAAGAUUCUGACACCUAUUUGCACAGGGUCGCCCGUGCUGGCAGGUUUGGAACCAAAGGCCUGGCCAUCACCUUCGUGUCGGACGAGACGGACGCCAAGACGCUGAACGACGUUCAGGACCGGUUUGAAGUGAACGUGGCGGAGCUGCCGGACGAGAUCGACAUCUCCUCUUACAUCGAGCAGUCCAGAUGAGUCCUCCAGCAAAGAAGAAGCCUCCUCUUCAUGGAUCUUGUGUCUUGUAUUUGGAAGUAGACGUAUUUCACUGCUGAUUUAAAAGCUCUGCUCGUUCCCUACGUUCACCCAACGUUUAUUUUUGUUUUUAUU